CAGGCUUGAGAUUUAAUUAUUAUUAGCGGUAAUUUGAUUUUCUUUCUCUCCUAACCUUGUAGUCUAUCUCUACCUUGCAACGUAGCUGAGCGAAACGACACGAACGCAACACUUUUCCAAUUUCCAAUACAAUACUCUUAAAACAACAACGCGAUAAUUACCAUCUUGCUCAACUGAGGGCUUCAAAAGAUAACAUAAUGAACCGUAAACCAUAAAUCGAAUCAACGCACCUAAUAGGUACGGCAAAAGCACGGUUCAAUUUUCCAUGAUAGUGCAUUCGACCACCGCUGUCUACUCUCUUCCAUUUUCCUCCUUCUCCCCCCUUUGCUGGCUACAUAGUAGGCUGAAUUGCGCAACGCCGAGCGAGCGCAAUGAACGCCAUACAGCAAAAAUGUCGCCCAAAGCACCAAGUCCUGAUCCUCAAGUGCUAUCCUCGCACUACUAAGGGUGCUGUCGAUGUCAAGCCAAAUUCCAGUGAACUGAGUUAUCUUCUGUUUUACGCCACCUCGCGACGUUCCAAGAUCCAGAAAGUUGGCCAAUUUCUCGAGAAGAAAACCGCUAGUGAUGUGUGGAGGGUGCGAAUAGGGAAUGUCCAGGUCACACUUCAAAUCCUAGCUGCUAUAAUCGAGAAAGCUCCAAAAGAUCUCCCCCUAUUUGCCCAAAAUGUCCUCAAGAUCCUUGACCUCGUUCUCCGAUCCAAUGACAUCACCAUGGUUGAGGCUUCGUUGCCUACCUUUCGAACGUUUUGUGAACACCACGAUGUUUCGUCUCUUUUUGCUGACCAAGCUUACUUGCAUCAAUAUGAGCAAGUUGUCCGAGCCUACGCCACGUUCGCGUCCACUCGGAAAAACCCUGGCAAAGACGCGACUAGCAAACCUGUUGCGAUGAGAUGGAGGAAUGCAGGCUUGGAGGCAAUCAAAAGCGUUGCCGAGUCCGAAGCUCUGUCGUCUGUUGCCGGACGGCAGCUCGACGUCGUUGUGCCCAUGAUUCUUGAGAAUUUGUGGACGGACAGCGAAGAUUUCCUCGACAUUUUGCACCGUCGUGUCGAGUUGGAAGAGCAGGUUGAUUCGAAUGCCCUGUUGCAUCGUAGGACGAGCAUCUCUACUGUGAAAACUGCCGAGACAGGGGGCGAUGCAAAUCCCAUAGCUAUAUCCGGCUCGUCAACGGAUAUCGACAAGUUGGCAGAAGAAGACAUCGGUGUCAUGGCCAUGCAGUGUCUCAAACAGAUAUUCGUCAUACCCAACCGAGCACAGAUUAAUGGAGCGACUACUGCGCUUCUACGAUUUAUCAAGGAAAGGGUUCAGCAAAAGGAAGGCCCAAUAAUACAAUCCCAAGACAACAGCGGACGCGACCGAGGCUGGGCUAUCAAGAUUUUCGAAUUCAUCGCAACGUGGGCCCCGGUGCAGGACCGCUAUGUGAUCGUCAUAACUGCUACAGAUGCACUCCUCAGGACUGCCCCAACUGACGAGAACGUGGCUGACCAAAUUGUUCUAUCUGCCAUUGUCGGGUCUUUGCUGAGCUCUGAUAUCAAUCUGAUCGGCCUGAGUGUCAUGGAUGUUCUCCUGGGUUUAAUACAGCAUAUGAAGAGGGUUUUGAAACACUCGGGGGGUUCGAGAGGAAGUGCCUCUGGAACAGCAUCAGGGGACGAGAAGCCCUCUUCGGUUCCUGACCCGUCUCAACACAUCUCGGGACCACACAAGGAACUUUUGGCCCGGAUCCAACAGUCCAUUGGCAACCUAGCCACGCAUGUUUACUACGCUGAUCAAAUUUCUGAUAUGAUUUCUUCUAUUCUGAUUCGACUCAAGCCUCAUCCGAGUACAACAGCUUCGACUUCGUCACCUGUGGCCGAGAAGGGUGAGGCUCCUCCGGGUGCUUCAAUCGGAAAUAUUUCCGAUGACCAGACUCAUCUGGACGGCUUCUUUGCAUUAGAUAUGGCCAAGACUAUUGCACUUCAAGCCGUCAAAUCCAUUCUCCUUGUUGCUAACCCUAAUACCAAGAUCAGCGGGAAUGUCACUCUGACUAGAAAUAAAGUGCCACUACGGGUAUGGGAAGGUACUCACUGGCUUCUCCGUGAUCCAGAUGGGCAAGUUCGUAAAGCAUAUGUCGAUGCUGUUACCACAUGGCUCGAUCGUGAGACUACCGCCCACGAUUUGGAGGCGCGGGACGAUAUGGGGCAAAAACAAUCCCGGGCAAACAAAGAACAACAGGCGAAUGUGGCUCGUCGAGCCGUUUCCAAUGCCUCGACACGGGAGAAGCCUUCCAAAGUUACCCGAUCCCACUAUUUACAACUCCUCCAUCUCGCCAUCUACGAGAAUGCCCUGCAGUUCAUUGAAUAUGAGGCAGACAUUGCCAUUCUUCAUAUCUUGUUGACAAAAUUAGUCAACAAGCUCGGGGUUAAUGCUGCCAGGUAUGGGCUCCCCGUGGUCUUCCGUCUUCAGGAGGACAUCCCAGACGUGGAAACGCCCUUGUCUAAAGUGCACCUCGGCUGCUUAUGCCACGGGUAUUUCUGGGCUUUGAGCGAGCAUUUUGAGUUUGAGGCUUCGCCCAUUGGACGCGCCAUCCACAACGAAAUUACUCGAAGGAGAAGCAAGCACUUUUGGGUCGAAGGUGUACAUAUCCCGACGCCAUUGUUAGAGGAUAUUGGCAAUCCUGGCACAUCUCAGUCGCAAGCUAAGAUGCCUUCGCAUGAGGUUGAAUCAGAAACGAUACUGCCCUUUGAUGACCGUACCACCAUGGUGGAGUGUAUCUGCGCAAAAUACAAGGAGAGAGCAAUUUCACCGCCUGCGAGCCCCGCCACGUCGCCUGGUCGUGUCUUCGCACAUAACUCGUUGAGCUCUCCCCUAAGCACCAUCCCACCCGCUGACGAUGACCAUGAACUGCCUGACAAAUUUAGAGAGGAAAUGGUGGCAGAAUGGAACCGUGAAGCCGCGCUUCUCGCACUUCAAGUUGAAAGUAAAACUGCUUCACUCAGUGGAUCUAAGACAGGAACGACCGCUACUAAGGGGAAUCACCUUACCGUUGGCGGACUUGGCGCCAAUGGCUACUCAUCCAGUAGGCCGGAAUCUGCUUACGCUCGCCAGACUACGCUACGUCCAGCAUCUCGCGCAAGCCACGCGGCAGUCCUACGAAACUCGAGCAUGCAAAGCCACGGCUCAGCAAGAAGUGCCUCUAGUCGAGGCUUCGUCGCCUCCGUCGAUCAGCUGAAGUCAGCCCUUACCGGAGAACCCGCCAGGCCAGGAACAUUUCACACUCUACGAGAAGACGACGACAGCAGCGAAAGCAUGGCAAGCUACGAAUUUUCACCUUCUGAACUUUCAUUUAGUCAUACCGCGGCCGAUGGUGCUGAUGGGAACGAUACGUCUCUCGGUCGAUCAAGGUCCAAAUCUCGGGAACGAAAGGCAUCCACGGACUCGGGAGGUCCGCUGACCUCACAUCCCACAGAGGGCGAUGCCGAAGAUGAUGAGUAUGUACCGCCAGUGCCCCCGCUACCACCUUCACUGAAAGGGAAAUCCCCUCCACUGGACAGAAAUGGAGACCGUAUUGCUAAACAAGAUCACGCCUUGAAAAGCCCGAGAAGGAACCUACGGAGCCGGGGAGGCGAUAGCUUUCUUUCCAACAACUUCGCCAAUGCAGGGGCUGCCAGCCUGGAUUUGCAGGCAAUGCUCAAAGGCAUCGACAGCAAAUCCAAACAGAACACACUCGGGAAUUUAACUAAGCCCCCUUACUAGCGCGCUAUACCUACCUAGGCACCUACACUACGAUAAAAGCUCAUAUGUUUUUGAACUUAAACUUGGUUAUAUUGAGGAGAGAGAAUCAGGGGUUGGUUGUAAUGGCAGCUUCAAGGCGAAGGGCCGGUUCGUCUUGAGGUGUUGUAUAGAUACUUAUAAAAAAACGCCGGGAAAAUAUACAAGGACGGAAAGAGGAGGAAUAAACCGGAACUCUUUUUAAAAAGAAAGGCACAGUCCAUAGGGCAACUCUAUAUAAACAUAUACUUGUAUAUAUUUACAUAUUCCUUUGUUGUUGCGUCAGCGUCCUGCUACCUAUAUGGUUUUGCUACUUUGUUUUGGGAAAGGGUUGUACAUUCACCCAUAGUAGCUAAACUGAAGGCUACUUUAGCGAUAGAGUGAAGAGCAUAUCAAUUAAAAAGCGACUGUUAUUUAAUACUAUGUACUUAUUUCAGAUUCGUGGUAAAUACCCUACCCAGGGUAGGUAUGUAUGCUAAGGUGAUGGUGAUGGUGAUGGG